GUACUUUAUGUGCUUUGUACGCUGGAAAAUUUUAGUCCUUUACUGGCGCUGCUGUUCCAGUGCAGCGCCGUGAGAGGUGACAGAUCAGACCAACCAUAAGGAGAGGAAGUGUCUGGUAUAAACCCAGUCUGCUCCGGAGCUCAGUCCGUCCUCACAGCAGCAGCUGCAGGUCUCUCUCUGUGGGAACCCUUGGCACACGAUGGCAGCACCAAAGAAAGUCUGUGUGAUCGGCUCCGGUAACUGGGGCUCUGCCAUUGCCAAGAUCGUUGGAGCCAACACGGCCAAAUAUGACAAGUUUGACUCCACAGUGAAUAUGUGGGUGUUUGAGGAGGUGGUGAACGGCCGAAAGCUUUCAGAAAUCAUCAACACGGACCAUGAAAAUGUGAAGUACCUCCCUGGUCAUAAGCUGCCUCAUAAUGUGGUGGCCGUUCCAGACUUGGCUGAAACUGUGAAAGGAGCCGAUAUCCUGAUUUUUGUGGUUCCUCACCAGUUCAUUGGAAGAGUGUGUGAUACCAUCAAAGAUCACAUUAAAAAGGAUUCUAUUGGAAUGUCUCUCAUCAAGGGUGUAGAUGCAGGCCCAGAGGGCCUGAAGCUCAUCUCUGAGGUCAUCCGAGAGAAACUCGGCAUCACCAUGACAGUCCUCAUGGGUGCAAACCUUGCUAAUGAAGUUGCUGAUGAGAAGUUCUGUGAAACAACUAUUGGGUGCAAAGACAAAGAAUACGGACCACUGCUGAAGGAGCUGAUGCAGACCAACAACUUCCGUGUGACUGUGGUGGAAGAGGCUGAUGUGGUGGAGAUCUGUGGUGCACUCAAGAACAUCGUGGCAGUAGGAGCGGGUUUCUGUGACGGCCUCGGGUUUGGCGACAACACCAAAGCUGCAGUGAUCCGCCUGGGCCUGAUGGAGAUGAUCGCCUUCGCAAAGGUCUUCUGCUCAAACUGCCCCGUCAAGCCUGCCAUCUUCCUGGAGAGCUGCGGCGUCGCUGACCUCAUCACCACCUGCUACGGGGGGCGCAAUCGAAAGAUCGGAGAGGCGUUUGCAAAAACGGGAAAAAGCUUGGAGCAGCUGGAGGUUGAGCUGCUGAACGGCCAGAAGCCUCAAGGUCCGGGAACAGCCAUCGAAGUUAAUGUGAUAUUGAAACAGAAGAACAUGGUGGACAGGUUUCCUCUUUUCACUGCUGUAUAUGAGAUCUGCUUCAAUGGCCAGCCAGUCACAGAGUUCAUCACGUGUUUGCAAAACCACCCUGAGCACAUGUGAAAGACUCAAACCAGGACCCAUGGAUGGAUUGAUGUAUGGACAGACUACAACCAAGGUGUUAAUAUGGUGUUGAAAAGUUUGGUCUGAUUUUUCCUUCCAGCAAUCACUUUUUGGUCUACCACUAGAAAAACGAAAAGAGACAAAUAGUCUUCAUUUGCCCUUUUCCUACCUGAACUGCUGACAGAAGCAUUUUUCAUGUUUUGGUUUUAACUGAUUGUUAAAUUAUUGUACGGAGGAUUUGAGUCUUAAAUGUUUUUACAUUUUUGUCUUAUAUUGGCAGAUGCACUAACAAUAACUAGGGUUUUAUAAAACAUAACAAAUAUCCCUUUUCUUUGUAAGCUUCCAAUGUUAAAGAAACAAGAGGACACAAACCACUCACAUUAAGUAUUUUUCUCAAUAAGAAAUAAUGAAAGUGCCCAAAAGUUUUGCAUUGUGUAUUUUAGAAUAAAUAAUUUUAAUCUUGA